UGGGAGAGUGAUCAAGCGCUCAAAGCAAGCUAGGGGGCUAUUUUGAUUCUUGUAUUGCUCUUUGACACUUGGACAUAGGUUAGGCAAGCGUAGAGGCAGACCACGAGAGAUAGGAAGAGAGUGGAGAGUGGAGAAUUUCACUUUCUAUUCCUAAUUACCCACCUGCAAUUAGAAAGCAUCAAACCUGCAAGAGAAAACAAGGAUAGAGGAGACAGAAAAAUGGAGCAAGAGACUGAAAUGAGGCAGUCUAAAUUCAAUAGGAUUUGUGUGUUCUGUGGCAGUAGCCAAGGCAAGAAGAGUAGCUACCAGGAUGCUGCUAUUGAGCUUGGCAGAGAACUGGUUUCGAGAAACAUUGAUCUGGUCUAUGGAGGUGGUAGCAUAGGCUUAAUGGGUUUGGUUUCACAAGCUGUUCAUGAUGGUGGUCGACAUGUUAUUGGAGUCAUUCCCAAGACACUCAUGCCUCGAGAGAUAACUGGCGAAACAGUAGGGGAAGUGAAAGCAGUAGCAGGUAUGCACCAAAGGAAAGCAGAGAUGGCUAAGCAUUCGGAUGCCUUUAUUGCCUUACCAGGUGGUUAUGGGACUCUGGAAGAGCUACUUGAAGUGAUCACCUGGUCUCAACUUGGCAUCCAUGAUAAACCGGUGGGAUUACUGAAUGUGGAUGGAUAUUACAACUCAUUGUUGUCAUUUAUAGACCAAGCUGUGGAAGAAGGCUUCAUUAGUCCAAAUGCGCGACACAUUAUUGUAUCUGCUCCAACAGCAAAGGAGUUGGUGAAGAAAUUGGAGGAAUAUAUACCUCGCCAUGAAAGUGUUGCUUCGAAGUCAAGCUGGGAGAAGGAACAGCUCAUCUCUCGGUGAAAUCAGGAUUUAUGCACAGAACACUGGAGGUAGAUAGAAUUCAGCAGUUGAAGAAGCUAAUUUGGGUUAACUGAAAUUUUAUAUUGUGGGGAAUUCUUUUUGUAAAUUACUGCUAAACAACUAAAUUAUGUGAAGUUUUACAGUUCACUCUGUUUUGGAACUCUUAAGCUGUAAUUAAUUGGUAAUCAAAUUCCCCAUUAAAGUGGUAAAUUGAUUCUAGUUUGUCUACUAGUUUUG